GAUGCCACAUAGCUUCUGGACAGACUCGCAGCGCGGCCCAAGCUCCUGGCGAGCGAUUUGUUUCGCUGCUGAUGCUGUGCUAAUGCGACUCAUGGCGGGCUCGGUGACCCGCAACUUGACCCUCCGGACUACUGUAAGACGUUUGGUAGUGACCUGGGCGAUAUAGACGUUGAGGCUAGCGGCGUCGGUGCCCCAGCUGAGACUGGCGUCGAUGUCGACGGCGUAAACAAAGCCGCAGGGAUAGUCCACGUUGCGAACCAUGGUCUAAGAGUGACCUAUGAACAAGUUUGCGUAUAUGGAGCCGCAGGUCUUCAAAUCAAAUGGGACCGGCCCAGCCAAAGUUGAUGUCGUGAGCCAGACUCUGGAGUAGAGUAAACUGGAUGCAAUCUUGCGUCUCGUCUUCGCUAUGCGCUGCUAUUGAUAAGCUUGCAUUUGCUAUGCAUUAAAACCUAGCUCGCUCCAAAAUGGGCGCAACGACAGAUGGACAGUCCCCGCCAGCUCGAACCCAAGCUCAGCGGACUGGUCGCAAAAUCAGACAGACUUCGCCACCACUGGGGCUAAACUAUUCGCUUAGUUCCUCUGCAGGGCCCAGGAAGGGAGUUGAGCGGGGCAAACACAUCAGCCAGCGGGCCCUCCCACUCAGGAGUUCCCCUGAACGCACGCUCGGGCCCGGUGAUGACGGGCGAACGCACGACCAGGACCCCAAGCAACGCGUCUCUCGACAGGGGGGUGACGACACGGAGCUGCCGGCGCCGCCUGCCGCUGCCCGGGACCCCACGAGCCCUGCGCCCGCCGCUGGCCCCGGCACGGCCCCCAGCGCCCGGCCCGCUGCCCGCACGUCCUCCCCUCCAGUGGUGAUCCUCGAUGACGACGACUAUGAUAAUUGUGGCGAGCAGGUAGGCUCGCCGUCGAGCCCCCAUGCCCCCGCGAGCUGCAGCAGCGGCGCUGCUGCCAGCACGGGCGUGAAGCCAGCAGUAGAGCCACCAGCGCAGCCACGUGACCAGGAGCCGCCGCUGCUGCGACAGCGGCAACUCCAGGCUGUGGCGCCAGAGCACCGGGAGGAGCAACAGCAGCAGCAACAACACCCUGGUCUGCCUGGGCUGCCGGCGCAGCGCUGGCACGCGGCGCGGCCUGGGUAUGCGGAGCUGGCCGAGGCGGUGGCGGCGCGGCGCAGCCUGCCGCCGCCUCCGGGCACAGCGCCGCAUAGCCCACUGCCAUCAGGCUGGGGCGUUGGCCUGCUGGGCGGGGCGCGUGUGGUGCUCAACUCGCGGCUGUCGCCGGCGCUGGAGGAGAUGCACGGCGCCAUGCAGGAGGGACUGCUGGCGCAGCAGCGGCAGGUAGGGGCGGCGGCUGCAGGCAAGCAGCAGCACCAACAUCAGCAAGGCUCCAGCCUUGUGGAGCUCACGUCGGGUCUGGACCUGGUGGUGGCGGCGGCGGCUGAUACCGACGGCGGCCAGCAGGGGUGCAGCUGCUGCCAGCAGGCGAAGCGCGGGAAGGGCCGCGGCAGGGGCGGCAGGCACAAGAAAGGCGACGAAACGCCCACACUGGCUAGCAAGGCCGCGGCGGACCUGGCGGAGCAGCUGCGCAGUGCGGUGGCGGCGGAGCUGGGUCUGGGCCGGCCGCCCACCGACCUGGAGGUGGCACUGAAUCUGCCCGAGCUGCUGCCCGCCAACCCCAAGGUCCGGGUGAUGCGCAUCGGCGACCCCGGCGUGCCCCCCUCGGUAUGGGACGACGUGCCCUGCAUGAGCGGCGCCGCCAGCCUGGUGGCCCUGCAGCCGGUGGCGGCGGGCGAGGUGCUGGGACUGUACUCGGGAGAGCUAGCCCUCAAGGCUGAGUACCAUUGGCUGUGUGAGAGCCCGCUGCCCGCUUGGGACGACCCCGACCCGCGCCACCCCUGCCCCUACACCUGCGCACUGCACUUCGCACACGAGAUGGGCAGGUACGCGGUGGAUACUGACCUGCCGGCGCCACUGGUGCAGCAGCUGUCCGAGGCGCGGGGCGGGCAGCUGGCGCCCGGGUUGGCCCGCGAGCUGAGACGAGGUGGCGCCGAGUCCGUUGUGUCGCUGACGCUGACGGCGCGGCGGCUGGGCUGCGGCCUGGCGGCUAUAAACGACCCGCGCCGCAACUUGGCCGCCACCUGGGAGGAGGACGCAGACUUCGCGGAUGGCCACCCCAAUGCAGAGCUGGCCUCGGCAGUGGUGCUGGGCAUGUGGCCGGUGGUGCUGGCGGUGGCGAAACGGGACAUACCCGCGGGCACACACGUCUCAGCCAGCUACGGCUGUGACUACUGGAGCCUGCACCGCGCCGAGCAGCAGGCGCUCAGCCGCAUUGAGCAGGAGCGCCGCCUCGCACAGGCGGCCGCGCAGCGGGCGGAGCGGGCGGAGGCCGCCGCCGCCGAGGCGCGGCAGCAGGCGGCGCAGUGGCAGACGCGGGCGGCUGCGGCGCAGCAGCGGGCGCAGGAGGAGGUAGCGCGCGCGGCAGCGGCCGAGCAGCGGGCCGCCAAGUCGGAGGGGUGCGCCCGGGCUGCGGUGCGGCGGCUGGAAGGCGACAUGAGUGAGCUCCGGGCGCAGGCGGCACGCGAGCUGGGGGAUGCGCAGGCGCAGGCGAGUGGGAGCGCUGCGGCGCUGGCGUCGGCAAAGCAGCAGCUGCAGCGGCUGCAGGAGGAGCGGCGGCGCCUGCUGCAGGAGCUGGAGGGGGGGCGGCAGCAGCUGGAGCAGGUGGAGGUGCGGUGCGAGGAGGCGGAGGCGCGGUGCAAGGAGGCGGAGGCGGAGGCGCGGGUGGCGGUACAGGCAAUGGCGCACAAGGAGAGCAAGCGCGGCAAGGAGGCGGCUGGUUCCCGUGGCGGUGCGCCCGAGGCGCUUGGCGGCCGCGGCAGUGGCGGCAGUGGUGGCGGGGCGCUGGCGGCAGUGGCUCAGGCCAGAGCCGCGGCGGGCAGGGCUAACUGCGCUGUAGGGGGUGCCGGUAUGUACACGGCAGCGGCGGCCGCGCGCGCCAGCGGUCGGCAGCAGUGGCGCGCGGGAGAGCAAGCGGCAGGCGCCAGCGGCAGCUGCUUGCAGGGCCCGAGCCAGGGGCAGCAGCAGGCCCGGGUUGCAGCCGGCCAGGGGCAGCAGCAAGCCCGGGUGGCGGUGUGCCGAGCCACCCGGGCGGCAGCGCCCCUGGUGGACCUGUCCCAGGAGGAGGACUGAUGCGAGGGGGCGGCCUGAAAGAGCCAGCACUGUGUGUGGAUGGAUGGAGGUUAAGCGUGUUUGUGGGUGUCUGUUUGCAUAUGUGUGAUUGUAGGCGGCCCGCAAGAUCACAGAGAACCGGGUUUCAACAUGUGGCAGCUGGCCGGGCGCGUGGGGUGGCGAGGGCAGUGAGGUAAGACGGAAGGCCGGCGAGGUGGAAAUCGGAGGAGUGUGUCCUCGGGUGCCGUUGCAGGGAUGUCGCUGUCGGGGAAUGGGACACAUGAUUUCGCAUAUAUAGUAGCUCUGGUAUAGCAUCUCACGAUGACGCCUAAAGGGCAAGCCGGCACUGCGCUGCCUCUCUGAACUCCAUACCCCCGCCCAUGGCACAGCACGCACGACUUCAAAGCAAGCAAAGCCCACGCAGCCGUGUCAAUUUUGUAUACGUUGCCUU